UGAGAAUCUUAUUUUCAGGUAUAACACAUCUUUUUGCGUGUGCACAAUUGAUAACAAGAGAUGCUCGAUCACAUUCUUUAUGAGCUAAAGGCAGUGGAACAACUUUGUAGACAACCAGCCGGACAUUGUUACAAUGAGUCUAGCCCAACUCCGGAUCGUAUUUAUGAUCAUUCAGCCAUUCAAAGGGAUGAGACUUGGGAUGGAAACUAUGAAACAAGUUUGGCGGAGCAAUCUUUAAAUCAGAAAUUUGAUACUUUUGUUGAAUCUGCUAUUCCCGUGAUGCAACAGUUGCUUCAAGCAACACAACAUUUUUGUGAAUUCCAGCUGAGUUACAAUGAAUCACUCCAAGAACUUCAACGGAAUAUAGACAACAUCAGAAAUGGCAUGAAACAAAUUCAAGAAGAGCGGAACAAGGAAGAGGUUCAAACUCAUUCUAACAUUCUCAUGGAAGCCAAUAUUGAGUAUGAUGAUUCCGAAGAAGACGAGUACUCAAAUAUUGAUAAUGAUGGUGUAACUAGCUCAACUUUUGAUCGUGAUAACGAUCAUUCACCUAUUCAAAAGGAAGAAGUCGAGUCUAGAAACACUAUAGUUAUUAAUAAGACUUAUAUUGUGUAUGAAAGCGAUGAUGAUUAUGACUUCUUUGUGAAUAACACCCCAAAUUCAGAGAUAGUCGAUACUUUGAAUGAGAAGUCAACUUGUGAUGAAGAACGUAAGGAGUACGAUGAAUUACUUGGAGCAGAUUUCGAUUCUGAUGAUGAAGAUUUGGAAGUUAUAGCUGAAACUAAUGAAGAAUGGAUCAUAAAGAGUUUGAAUGAGAAUUGUGAUACUUGUGAUGUAGGAGAAUCAAUGGACUUUUUUAGAAGUACCGAGGAUUCCGUAAUGCGUGAGAUUAUGCAAGGUUUGUCUACUCCUUUACAUGAAUCUUUAUCUAAUGAUGAUCCUCCCAAACUAGAAAUAGUUUCCCAAAGAGUUGUUAAUCCAUCUUUUAAGAAGGUACCUCAUUUGGGGUUGGAAUUGUGUGCUUCAAAAUAUUUUCUGAAUUUUUUGCUUCCAAGUAUCCACCAUAUGUGUUUGAGUCUAACACCGUGCAGGUUUGCCAAGAGGAAUCAAUGGAAGUUCCUUUCACUAAUGUUUUGUAUACACUUCCGAGUGUAGAAAAGA